AUGGGCCUGAAGAACAGUCCAUCUACGUUCCAAAGAGUUAUGGACAAUGUCUUAAGGGGGCUGCAAAAUCAUAUAUGCCUUGUAUACCUAGAUGACAUAAUUGUGUUCAGCACUUCGCUCCAAGAACAUAUGGUUAACCUAGACAAAGUAUUUAGUAGACUUCGCGAGUCCAACUUUAAAAUUCAAAUGGACAAAUCGGAGUUUCUCAAACAUGAAACGGCUUAUCUCGGUCAUAUUAUCACCAGGGACGGUAUUAAACCAAACCCCGAUAAAAUUUCGGCUGUACAAAAAUACCCUAUUCCAAAGAAUCCAAAAGAAAUUAAACAAUUUUUAGGCCUUCUCGGUUAUUACAGAAAGUUCAUUCCGGAUUUCGCCCGUAUUACUAAACCAUUAACUCAGUGUCUUAAGAAAGGCAAAAAGGUAACAAUAGACAAUAAUUACGUUAACGCUUUCGAAAAAUGUAAGUCUCUUUUGACAAACGAUCCCAUCUUGCAAUAUCCAGACUUUACUAAAGAGUUUAACCUAACGACAGAUGCUUCUAACUUUGCCAUUGGUGCCGUACUGUCACAAGGUCCAAUAGGAUCCGACAAACCAGUCUGUUACGCUUCUCGUACGUUAAACGAAAGCGAAGUUAAUUACAGUACAAUCGAAAAAGAACUUCUCGUCAUAGUCUGGGCUACGAAAUACUUUAGACCAUAUUUGUUUGGACGUAAAUUUAAAAUUUUGACAGACCACAAACCAUUGCAGUGGAUGAUGAAUUUGAAAGAACCAAAUUCUCGUCUCACAAGAUGGCGACUUAGACUUAGCGAGUAUGACUUUACAGUAAUUUAUAAGAAAGGCAAAACUAACACCAAUGCCGAUGCUCUCUCACGUAUAGAGAUUCACAAUGAAGACGUAAUGAUGUUAAUGAACGAAAUUGACGAACUAAACUCGUUAAUAGGCAACCCAAGCGAAGGUAUCCUUAUCUUUGUACUGGCCACCCGUCGCUACAUAUCAAGAUGCAGAAAGGAAACGAGCAAAGCAGCGCAAUCACCAACAUCUAAUUCAGAAGAUCAUGGAAACCCCGAAAUUCCGGCAACAUUUUCCCUGAACAUACUCAAAUAG